AGGUGCACGUGACUCUUGCCGCGGUCGUAAAUGUGGUCGUUGCAUAACAAAUAAAAAUCCAUAAAAAUGGACCUGUUAUUGACGCCGCCACUUUGUCAUCAUCCCUGCACCCGACCUCAAGGUGUGGACAGCGAAAGAAGAAGUCACCCAAGAUGGCGAAACACAAUGCCGGACGCCUUGUUGCCAUAUUGCUGUCUGUUGUGCUUUAUGGCAUCAGUUUGGUGUUCAAUGGUCUUGCUGCUUUGGGAAUAGGCCCCUUCAGUACCUCUACAGGUAACGUGUCCGACGUAUUUGUGACGGAGAUUACCCCAUCGGGAUGGACCUUCAGCAUCUGGAGCGUCAUUUACGUGUGGUUGACACUCAUGAUGAUCUACAUUCUGGCUAACAUUUGCAGAAGAAAUGUUUAUGGCUACGUCUACUGUAGUCCAGCAGUUUUGCCCUAUGGAUUCUUCAUUUGUUGGUGUCUCAAUAUGUGCUUCAAUAUUGGCUGGUUGCUAGUCUGGGACAAAACGUGGAUGAUUUCUGCGCUCGUUUUCCUAAUUCUGGUUGCCAGCACAAACUAUGGUAUGGUAUUUUUCAUCUGCCAUGGUCUUCACGUUUACGGCGCCUGGCUCAAUAAAUACCACAAGGUGGACCUAUGGCUCAUUCGCAUUGUGGUUCAGAACGGUGUGAUGAUCUACACAACAUGGACAACCAUUGCCACGCUCAUCAACUUGACCAUUGUGCUGACUUACGAAGCCAACCUUUCCGCAACAGAUGCGGCCACCGUGUCCUAUUGUAUGUUAGCAGUCGUGCUUCUUCUUUGGUUUUUCCUGCAAAACGUAGUACUGGACAAGCACGUGCGCUACAUCCUCAUUGACUACCCGGUUGUGAUCUGGGCGCUGUCAGGAAACUUUGAUAAAAACUACAAUGCUGAAUCGCCCAGCCGUAGCGGCAUCUUCAUUGUGGUUCUGCUCGCUGCGUCGUCGUUGCUGUACGUCGUCCGCCUUGUCCUGGUCUUUUGGCGCCACUACAAGCAGCCGCUAUACAGAGGGAUCAGCCCGGACACUAUGGAGCCAUUGGAGAUGGCCAAGAAGCAGAAAAUGGUACUCAGAUGAAGACUGAUGUCUCAUGUUUGUAUCACUUCAUUUAUCCUCUUGGUGUGUUUUGCUUUUAUAUAUACACACUAAUAGUCUCAUAUGUACUUUGACAUGCAGUAAAGUGUUAAUAAUUUAUACAAGGUGCCAUAUUACUAUCUCAACUUUAUCUGUGAGUGUCCCUGAAUGAUCUCUGAACCUAAAAACAACACACAAAACGGACCUCACCCGCAGCUACAGUUGAUCACGUGUGUCAAAUGAGUUUUUUUUGUGCUUGUAUAUUUAUUAGGAAGUAAAGUAUGUCCAAAUGAUGCACUUACUGCUGUGACCAUAGAAAGUCAUUUCUAAUCGCUCAUGGUCAUCAAAUGUUUAAAAUAUGAUUCUACGACAAACUAAAUUGUUAAAUGAAUUGAGAGGAUUAUAUAGCUAAUUUACUCUCAAAUAUUAGGAGAGACAGCGAGAACCAAAAGUGGUAUUUGGUAUGUGGCAAAAUUGAUUUUGCCAUGUGGAAUUUUUUUUGCCAUGUGACGAAACUGAUUUUGCCAUGGGGCAUCUUUUUUUUGGUAUGUGGCAAAAUGGAUUUCGGUAUGUGGCUUUGGGGUCUUUUUUUUUGGGUGUACGGCAUUUUUGCAUGCCAUUCACGGCUGUGCACGUCCAAAUUUUCCAUUCAUUUUAAAUGGCAGAAAACGUGUGGCUGUGAUUUUGACUGUACACUCACCAUUACAGCGGAUUGACAUUCAACUGGCAACUAAGUAAGGCUAUACCAUUGACAGCUAUGAAAGUCCAAAUUUUCCAUUCAUAUUAAAUGGCAGUAAAAAAUUGGGCUAGUGAUUUUUAGACCAUACGCUUACCAUUAUAGCGAACUGACAUUCAACUGGACCGCACAGCCAAUGGCAUAGCCUGACUUGAAGUUGAAUGUCAAUGCGCUGUGAUGUAAAGUAAUGUAUAUGGUCAAAAAUCACAGCCGCACAUGUUUUUCUUCCAUUUAAAAAGCAAUGGAAAAGUUGGACGUGCAUGGCCGUCAAUGGCAUAGAUGUGCAUGGCCAGCAAAAAUGCCAUAUACCCAAAGAAAAUGCCACAUACAAAAAAAAAAAAUGCCACAAAGCAAAAUCUAUUUGCCACACGGCAAACCCCAUUUUGCCACAUACAAUUUUUUUUUUUUUUAAAUGCCACAUGUCAAAAUCCAUCUUGCCACAUGGCAAAAAUAAAAGCCACAUGGCAAAAAUUGAUUUUCCCACGUGGCAACAAAUGCCACAUGGCAAAGAACAAUUUUCCCACAUGGCAAAAAAAUGCCACAUGGCAAAAAUCCAUUUUGUCACAUGGCAAAAAAAUUACCUGUGACGUAAAGUGUAUGGUCAAAAAUCACAGCCGCACAUGUUUUUCUGCCAUUCAAAAAGAAUGGGAAAAUUUGGAUGUGCAUAGCCGUCAAUGGCAUGGACGUGAAUGGCCUGCAAAAAUGCAUAUACCCAAAGAAAAUACCACAUACCAAAAAAAAAAUGCCACAUGACAAAAAAAUGCCACUUGGCAAAAUCACUUUUGCCACAUGGCAAAAAAAUGACACAUUGCAAAAUCCAUUUUCCCACAUGGCAAAAAAAAUGCCACAUGGCAAAAAUCAACUUUGCCACAUGGGAAAAAAUGCCACAUGGCAAAAUCAAUUUUGCCACAUCGGAAAAAGGCUAAAUCAAUUUUGCCACAUGGCAAAAAUUGAUUUUCCCACAUGGCAAAAAUCCAUUUUGCCACAUGGCAUACACAGCCGCACAUGUUUUUUCUGCCAUUUAAAAUGAAUGGAAAAUUUGGACAUGCAUGGCCGUCAAUGGCAUGGAUGCGCAUGGCCUGCAAAAAUGCAUUUAGCCAAAGAUAAUGCCACAUACCAAAAAAAAAAAAAAAAAAAAAAAAAAGCCACAUGGCAAAAAAAUGCCACAUGGCAAAAUCAAUUUUGCCACAUGGCAAAAAAUGGCACAUUGCAUAAUCCAUUUUCCAACAUAGCAAAAAAAAUGCCACAUGGCAAAAAUCCAUUUUCCCAAAUGGCAUAAAAAAUGCCACAUGGCAAAAUCCAUUUUCCCACAUGGGAAAAAAAUGCCACAUGUUAAAAUUCAUUUUGCCACAUGGCAAAAAAUGCCACAUUGCAGAAUCCAUUUUCCCACAUGGCAAAAAAAUGCCACAUGGCAACAUCAGUUUUGCCACAUACCAAAUACCGCCUAUCGUUCUCGGCCCUGCUGAAUAUUAGACAGCACAUCAUUUAGGAAGAAGUCAAUUUUCAAGCGAUAGCUAAUUUCCUUGAGUGGGGGGCUCAUCUCAAUGUUCCCUUUUAUCAAGCCUUUGGUACGUACAGUUGCAAGAACAACGAGUAUGUGAAUCAUUUAGAUUUCUGCAUGAAUUCCAUUCGAUUCUUGAGCUAAUAAAAGCAACUGUCUUUUGCAGCAAAAUGUGUUUUCCAUGAUCACAAAAUGCAAACAUGAAC